GCCUGGACUUAGUUGCGGGAUCGGCCGGGAACGGACAACAACUCGCGGGUGUCCAGAAGUGCGCGCCUAGCUCGCGAAAAGUGGUUUCGGUUUCAGUGACGAAAGCGUGGGACUAUCUAAUAGAUAGAAAGCCUUAAUAUUUCCUAUUUUUUAUCCUUUGAAUAACUUUUCAACCGAUCAAACUAAUAUUUGUCUUAGGUUUCUAUAGUUUGACUUUAGUUUUUUCUAUUUCAAAAAUUUUGAUUUGCUAGUUUUUUGAUCGACCAUCGAAAAUGACUGUUCAGUUUGUGACAUUCUUAUAUUCGCGUCUGUCAACAAGUGUCGGUCACGAUGGAAAAUGCUAAGAGACAUCGCAACAGGAGAAACAACAAAGCACGCAAGGCCCCCAAAGUACCAAUCAAAACAUACCGCUGGGAGGACAUCAGAAGGUCUAGAAGAAGAGGAGGAUAUCCCUGGACUCACCUUUACAAACCUCCGUUCAACGAGAAGCUAGACCCGUACCCCUUUACCAUGGACGCAUUAAGACGAAGCAAAUCAGCCACCGCCAUGGGUGGCAAGUCCGACGGCGUGGAAAUCUCCGAACUGACAGCCACGUAUCCAGACAGCGGCAAAACCACUCCUUCCUUCCUCCAGGUGGAGCUGGUGUCCGAGCCUGGAGACGGUUCCUCCACGAAGAGCAGUCGUGCAGGCUCGUUCCUCAUCGAGGAGUACAUCGAGGAUGAGGAUAAGAGUUUCGAGGACGAUGUUCAAGUAAGGGAGUUUCAAGUGGAGUCAGCGGAGAGUUCCGAUGAUGUGAGUCAGUAUUUGGACAAGGAAGAGCGAGGUCCCGGCAGCUCCAAAGUAAUCGAACGACAUGUUGACGAUACAGAACGAGAAGAUUUAAAUGAAGGUACAGAUCCAAAAAAACGAAAAUUAUCAGCAGACAGCAGUCGAAGCAAGUAUAGCCUGUCAAAUCUCGACGUAAUAAAGAAAAUUCGAGAAGCCAAAACAAAAAUUAAGGUCCCCAAACUCACUUUUGCUACCAGAAAAACCGCUAGAAAAGGCAGUCCGCCUAUUGAAUCGAAAAAACCUAAAAAAGAACCAAAAACCAAGAAAAAUCAGGAAAACAUCAAGCCGAAAAAAGACGAAAAGCCUGUUUACAUUCACAUACCCUUAAAACCACCUCCUGGUGAAUCAGAUGAAUUUUCCCACUUGGAGGAUGGAGCUAAACAACCCGAAACUGAAGUUAAAGAAGAAGAUAAAAAACCCACCGAAGAACCAGCAGAAGAAAAACCACCUGAAAAUGAAAUUAAAGAAGAAGAUAAAAAAACCACCGAAGAACUACCAGAAGAAACACCAAAAAGGAAAGCUACAGUCACCAGGAAACCCCCUUUGAAGAUAAAUCCAGCAUUUAAACAACUUUUAAAGGAUGUGAGGAAGUUAAAAGAAAAAGAAAACGCCCAGUCUAUCGAAAGUGAAAAGGAACCACCGAAAAACGUUGAUGUAGAGAAACCAGAAAGUCCAGAAGAUAAAAUUGAUACUCCAGAAGCACCUACUGAAGUUUUGGACGUAGAAAAACCCGAGGAAGCUGAACAAGCUCAAUCUUCUGACGUCGAAUCGACCAAAGAAGAUCCCUUUGACCGUUUGUUUCAGGCCAGAACAGAAAAUCCUGAAGAACCAACACCUGAAACAUCUCGCGGUGUUCGGAGCAAAAGCGCAGAACCUGAAAGAAAACGAAAAUCUUCCAUUGACAGUAGUUACAGCAGAAAAAGCCUGUCCAAGCUAGGAAUCAUGAAGAAACUGAAGGAAGCUUCCGAGAAGAUCAGAAGCACCCUGUCGCUGAGUAGUUUAAAGAAAUCUGAUUCUAAAAAAGUGAAAAAAGAAGAAACUAAAAAACCUAAAAAACCGAAACUGACAGCCGCAGCAAAGACUGGUGUUUAUGAACCUCCCAAACCUGUUCAGCCAGUUUACAUUCAUAUACCUCUAAAACCUCCAGAAGGUCAGACCGAUGAAUUCUCGCAUUUGGAGUUUGAAUCUGGAGCUCAGAAGACUGAGCCUGAUCAGCCAGAAGCUGUAAAGGAGGAGAGAACGGAUAGUUUGGAUAGUAUGAGUCCGAUAAGUACUCAGAACGACGAUAUCCACUUUAUUUUCUUGACGCCACCAAGUGACGACGAAUUUUUGGAUCAGAAGGUUUCCGAGAUACCUGAAACGCCAUCUUCAGAAGAAAUGGUUUUCUUCGGAAGUUUGAAGAAAUUAGCGGAAAAAGUUGUGGACGAUGUCUCCCCAGAAACAAAAAGAAAAACACUGGAAACUGUGAGUGAGGAAAAUGGAGGCAGUAGUGAGAAAAGCUCAACAAACGACUUGGAAUCUCUAGUACCUAAACCAGAAGAAGCAGAAGAUGCGAAACCGGAAAUUACUAAAGACACUGAAGUUAUCGAAGAAGAAAUACAGCAGACUGUUGAAGAAUCGUCUGAAGAACCUACUGUCCAGACUCAAGACGUUGAAAAAAUGGUGGUUGAUGAAGAAGAUGGACUCAAUGAACCCACUAAAUCUGAGGAACUUAAAUCUUUGCUGAAGUCUGAAGGUUCAGGUUUGAAGAAGAAGGUGUCUUUUAAGAAGAAAUCGAAAAAACAAGAGGACAAAACGUCACAGGAUAACGGGUAUGAACCCAUUGGUGUACCAAAAGAAGAAGGUGAAACUUCAGUAGAGACUGAAUUAGAGGAUAAAAAGAAGGUUCUGGUUAGUGAUAUCAACCAAUCCAUGUCAGUAGAUGAAGAAAAAAGCUACUUGGAUCAAAAAAUUGUCAAGGACACCUCUCUGGAGGAAGAUUAUAAUAAGUGGUCAAAGUCUGGUGACCACGAAUACGAGCUCAUCAAUCCUCCAUCGGACGAGGUAAUAGUAUCACCAGCCGUCACUGUGAUCGAUACCAAUCACGAGCCCAGGGUUGUGAUCAGCGCUACGGAGAUUCUGGACGACCCUGCAGCAGGGAGGGGCAGGAAAAAGUCCUUUUUCGACUUCGGACGUUUCCACAAAGAAAAAACCGCGACGGAUGCAGAAGUACAGGGCCGUAGCAGAAGGGAUUCUUCCAUGGAACAUUUGGAAGAUGACCAGCAUGAGAAGACUGAAGAAGGACCUAACAAAAUCCAGGCUGCUUUUCGACAUACAACCGAUCAACUCAAAACCAAAACCAGCGAGCUAUGUACGAAGAUGAAGAACAUCAAGAAGCCCCACAUCAACAUGCCAAAAGCGCCGGAGUUCAAGAAGCCUCAGUUCAAGAAGCCGGAUUUCAAGAAAUUCAAAAUCGAGAAGCCCAAUUUUCAUCUGCCCAAGAUACCGGACACUGCUACUAUCCAUUUGCCCAAUUUUGGGCUGAAAGGGUCCAAGAAGGUGAUAGAGAAGGAAACGAUCGAGACCAGGCAACAUUCGACUGAAUCCAAUGUUGGAGAUACAGAGACUAAGAAGAAGUCAAAGUUCGAUUUUUCUGGUACAUUUCCGCGUUUCAAGAAGAAGAAACAGCCUGAAGCCUCUGAAACAGCCUUUGGUACAGUUCCAAGAACGAAGAAACAUCAAGAGUACCAACAAUCGCAAACCACAGAUGAAAGCGUAAGGGUUCCUCUGCAUUCUGAGGAUUCUGAGGAUCGCUGGGAGUCAGAAACAGAAAAUAUACCUCCCAGAACCAGUUACGAAGACAGAGAGACAUCGACGGACAUAGAGCGAUCAUCUCAUGGUCGAUUCAGCAAAGACAUCGCCAUAGAAGAUGAGUACGAAAGAGAAAACCAGGAGAUCAACAGAGCAGAGUUCUUGAACCGCUGGCAACAUGGCAAUUUUGCCAAAGACGACGAUGUCGAUAGGGAAGACGAACGAAUCGUUGGACAACUGGUUGAAGAAAGAUUCAAACGAGUUGGCCAAAGGUAUGGGAAACAUGAUGAACCGAAAUAUAUAGACGAAGAGGACAUUGAAGAAUACUACAACAGUAGACCUAACAGAGAACUUAUUACUGAUCUGGAUAACUUGGAUGAAGAUGAGAAUAAUCAAAUCAAAGAUGGAUAUUCCAGUGAGGGCAGUGUCAGUCUACAGAAAAAAGGACGUCUAGGUAAACUGGACAUUGAUUCUGACGAAUUUUUCGUCGUGCACGAAAUACGGGAAGGUUUCCAAACACCUGCCAACGCCCUGGCCCAAAUGAACGAAUACGACCCUAUAGGAUCGAACAGGAGUCUUCCCCAGCAAGUGAUAGAAAAAAGGCCUCCCAUCAAGAAGCCCAAACGAAGAAAGACACCACACGUGUCUCAGGAACGCAUCCCUGGCGACGAGGAGUCUCUGGAAGGGGUAGUACCACCGCCUUCUAGGCCCAAAAGACGAAGCAAGAAGGGUAGGAGGAGAGUAGAGGAUGUAAUAGUGCCUUAUCAGGAGACCAUCAAUUUGGAGGAGGCUCCUAGAGGACAAAGGUUGAAUUUCCCUAGGGAAAGCCUGGGAAUAUUAGGGGACGAUGAAAGGGACGAUAGGGACUUUGAAGAAUACGAUGACAAGUCCAAAGAAUCUUCCGCGUUAAGAGAAAUCGAAGAUUUAACGGAAGAACCCAGCAUUCCUCCUAGAAAACAUCGCAGUUUGAAAAGUCUGACAACGUCGGAAACUGAAUUUAUUCUACCUGACACCAAUCGAAACGUUUCUAUCGAAGAUUAUGUUGUUUCUACACAAGCUCCGCCCAAAAGACCAGGUAGGAGAUCUCAUUCCCGCACUAGCAGCCUAUCAAGGGUUUCUUUACCCCCCAGUCAACGUGAUGCAGAUAGUUUAUUGGCCGAUGAAAGUUAUUUAUUGGAAAAUCAACCAAUACCCAGCUAUCUCAUUGAAAAUCAAUACCAGAACAAAUACAAUCCAGAGCUUCAACAAAGUCCGUCCUACAUACAACAAAAUAAACCAUGCGUCGAGGAGCCGUGCAUUCAGGAUAUAAGAGAUUAUAUGGGGUACGCUAUUGUGGAUAAGACCAAACCUCCCAGGGAACCUCCUUUGCCUCCUCCCAGAACACCUUCAAGGAGAAGGAAGAGACAAGUGGAACAGAAAUUUGCUACCAUGCCUCAUAAAGGGACACCGACGAGGCCUUUGAGGAAUUACAGUACUAUAGGACAUUCGAAUGGCAAAGGAAACAAAGAAAAUCUGUACGAAAAUGAUGGAGAAAACAAAGAAAAUGAGAUUGACAUAACCCAAUACAUGGAGAUCGAAGACGACAUUAACAGAGACCUUAUUUCUGGAGAAGUCGUACAGAAGAUGAGACAGAGACCUCUACCAGCACCUCCACGACCUCCUAGGAAACCCAGGACUUUCAGAAAAUCCCUACAAGACAUCACAUCAAAAGAAAACAUUGCAUUUUCAUCAGAAACUUCAGCACCAUUCAAAUCAUCCUACGCGAACCAAACAGAAUCGAUACCUCCUGAAUAUUCACCAGAUAAUGUUCGAGAAUCUCCUCGAAUUUCUGCUGAACGCUCCGGAGAAGAACAAACAAACCAAGACUAUUCUAGAAGAGAAACUAGGUUGAUAACGCCUUCAGUUUACUCCUACCAAGAGACGGUUACUCACGGCUCCUUGAUAGUUGAACCGUUGAAUGGUGCUAAAGUUAUUCCAGACUCUCAACUUUCAUCUAGAGAACGUUUGGUUCCAGUUACCAAAGAAUUCUCCGACGAGGAAACCUCAGAGAUACCUGAAAGCUUUAAAGCCCUUAGGAACCCUGAAACAAAUGAAAGACUUCAGAUUCAAGACCUAGACGUUGACAGACUUCGAGUGAACGAAGUCCUAGCCAACCGAAUCGUCGUUUCUGAACUAGACGCCCACUCCAUCCUCACUGACGACAUCCAAGACCGAUCUGGAGGUCCUGCACUUAGAGUGGGCGAUAUCCAGCUACCCCAGAAGCUUCUCGAGGAAGUAAUGAGGAAACUGGAAGAGCACGAACAAAAAAAAACUUCCCCGCAAGAACUAAACCCGCUUAAUCCACCCCAAUUAUCCCCUAACCUCCCUGAAUCCAGUCCUGAACCUCCCCAACCGCCUCCAAGAGGGUACGAAUCGCAAGAAACACCGUUGGCGCAGUCUCGGUCGGAUCAGGAGGCUUCUUCGGAAAAUGUGCUUCCCAGGGUAGUUCGGGGGGAAAUGCUCGAGCCGGAAGUGGACGAUGAACCUCCUCCCAGACCUCCCGAGCCCGUGGAGGGGAUGUACGCACCCUCGCAGCCCCCUGCGAGUUUCUAUGCUCUUAGAGCGAAACAGUAUGUGGAUGGUGUGGAAGGAGAGAACAUUCCAACGGUGCCCAGGAGGAAGAGGCGUCACAGGAGUAGAUCGAGACCAAUGUCCAGAUCUAGAUCCACUUCCGACGACUCGGAUUUAGCCCAGGCGAGAUCCCAUCGAAGUUCGAGACGUGUUUCUGAGCCUUCUAUCUCUGAACUGACCGGAAGACUGGCCUUUGCCUGCGGCUCGCGAGCUCAGAACGCUUUGAAAAGACUGAUCUACAAUGUAUCGGAGAACCUACUACAAAACGCCGAUGGUCAACAGGAUAUGCACGUGAUCAUAGUGAUUCUUCUGGUGCUAAUAGCUGGCCUUAUUUUGUUGGGCUUUGGUCAAGACAGGACAGUGACUCAUUUGCAUCAUUGGGAGUAUUUCAAUCCACCUAAAGAUAUCUAAAUAGUUGUUUUUAUCUUUGAUCUUAAUAUUAUACUUUUGUGGAAAAGCUAUAAUCACAGUUUAUACAGGUUUAUGCAUCCAGCUCAGGACAUUAUUGUCUCCCCUAUUGAUUUUAGAAGAAACUUUUCUGAACUUCUCUAACUGAUGUAUUUAGACAACAUAGUCCUUAUACAAAUCUUAUGGCAUAGCUGUAUCCACGUAGUAUAUAUGAUCAAAGGUUUUUAUAUCGUGAAAUGCAUUUUCUGUAAAUUUAUACAAAGAUUCUUGCGAUCGUACCCAAAAAAAUUAUGCUAUAUUAUCUUUUUUGCCUAGUUUUUAAGGAAAAAGAAAGUUGUUACCUUUAUUUGUAGGUAUAUACUGUUAAAUAAGAUGUUAAGUUUAAUGAAUAUACCAAGUAAUAAUUUUCUACAAUUUUUUUUCUCAAAAAAGAAUCUUAUUCAAUAAUUUAAAUAUAGACCAAGUUAAUUGUCACUGAGAAACAUGCCUGUGGACUUAUCUUAUUGAUUUUUUCUACAUAAAAUGUUUCUCUUUCUAGUGAUUUUACUAGAAUCCUCUGCUGAACGACAAUGAUGAUUUAAAAAAAUCGUUGUUAUAAUUUUUGAAAAAUUAAAAAAAAAUAUCUUUGUGUAAAGUUAUAUUGAGAUCUUGCUCAAAAAAUUGGUGCUAAAUAUUUUAUUUUG